CAGUGAUAUUCACUGCACACGUGGUUUGUUUACUUCAUGGCUUUCUUCAGUGAAAUAGUUUCACCGUCAGCUGGUUGAGUAUCGAGCUGUAGGUGUUGGUGGAAGAUGGAGAACCAGAUUCAGGACUCUGUUGGAGGAGGACCGCCUGUAAAGGACGAAGAGGAGGACAACCGGAGCCGGACGGAGGAGGAAGAGGAGGACAACCAGCGCCGGGCGGAGGAGGAAGAGGAGGAAGAUGAGGAGGCUCUUCCUCACUCAGAGAUCCUAGAUAUUUUUGAGGAGGGACUCGCUCGACUUGUGCAAGACCCUUUACUCUGUGAUCUGCCCAUUCAGGUGACCCUGGAGGAGGUGAACUCUCAGAUUGCUUUGGAAUACGGCCAAGCGAUGACUGUGAGGGUUUUAAAGGCAGACGGAGAGAUAAUGCCCAUAGUGGUGGUGCAAAAUGCUACUGUGCUUGACCUGAAGAAGGCCGUUCGCAGGUUCAUGGAGCUGAAACAACAACGUGAAGGUGGAGUUAAACACAUCAGCUGGAGAUAUGUUUGGAGAACUUAUCAGUUGAUAUUUCAAGGGGAAAAGCUUGAAGAUGACAAGAUGAGACUUAAAGACUACGGGAUCAGGAACAGAGACGAGGUGACGUUUAUGAAGAGACUCAGGAAAAAAUGAGAACGUUUCUCAUGUCAGGAAAAUGCACCAGUUUUUCGUUUGUUCUGGUUCUACUCGCCCCGCAGACUGGAAAUGACUCACAAAGUACUGAUCAUGUUUUAGAGCACAUCUCAAAAAGGCUCCAUGUAAAUAAGAUAUUUGAGGACUGUCAAUCCCCACUUUACUGGGCGUGAUUUACCGGUGUGUUGUAGUUUUGUAUACUUGUCCGCAAACAUUAAAACAUUACAGUAUUUUA